AUGCAAAACCCUAGAUGUUAUAAGUGCGGCGGUGGUGGUGGUAGUGUAGUUAUUUUACUCAGGAAGUCGUAUAGAUCCACUGAAGUUGACCUCAAAUUUCAACCUAAAUCGUUCGAGUGUUUGUGUGUUUCAAUGUUAUCGAACAGCUCAAUGUUAUCCAACAUCGUGACGUUAGCAAUAUACAGACUAGAACCCAUUGACGAGCAGUUUUUCACAGAGAUUCGUCAACUUUUCGAACUCCUUACACAGUUUAACGGACAAAUUGUUAUUUUUGGAGAUUUAAACAUUCAUUUAGAAGAUCCCACCAACGCUUAUGUGUCAUCAUUUAAACUGUUGCUAUCGUCAUUUAGUUGCACUCAACACAUAGACUCUUCUACUCAUCGGAUGGGAGGUCAACUGGACGUCAUCAGCACCAGAUCGGAGUAUGAAGUAUUCAAUGUUCAGGUCAAACCGCACGUCGUUUCAGAUCAUGGGCUCAUUUCAUGCUCGUCAUCAGCACCAGAUCGUAGUAUGAAGUAUUCAAUGUUCAGGUCAACCCGCACGUCGUUUCAGAUCAUGGGCUCAUUUCAUGCUCGAUGGCUGUCACUUCAGCUCCUCCAUCUCUUUCAACCUGCAGACGUGUUUGGAGCUACAAAAAGAUAG